AUGCAAAAAUCUAAAAUUACUAAUCGAUUAUGUAGACUACCUGGUCGUUUAGAUGGGAAAUUAGUUAUUGUAACAGGUGCAAAUAUUGGUUGUGGACUUGAAUUAAGCGGUGAAUUAGCACGUCGUGGAUGUACUGUAAUUAUGGCAUGUCGAGAUUUAGAAAGAGGAUUUUUAGGAAAAGAAGUUCUACUUGAUCGAUUUGGUGAAAGAAGUCAAGAGAAAUGGAGAAAAUCACCAGCUGGUCCAGGAGUUGAACCAUUUCUUGAUGUUAUUAAAACAGCACAGUUAAUUGUUGAACAUUUGGAUUUAGCUUGUUUAGAAUCCAUUCGUCAUUUUGCUAAAAAUAUUUUAAGUCAAUAUACACGAUUAGAUAUAUUAAUCCAUAAUGCUGGAAUGAUGGCUACUAGUUACAUGGAAACACAUGAUGGAUUUGAAUUACAAAUGGGUGUUAAUCAUUUAGGUCCUGUAUUAUUAACUGAAUUAUUAUUACCAUUAUUAUAUAAUGGUGCACCAUCACGUGUUAUUGUAAUUGCUUCAAAUCUAUAUCAACAAGGUGAUAUUGAUGUGAAUAAUUUAAAUUUACGCGGUGAACAAUAUGGACCAUUUAAAGCAUAUAAUCAAUCAAAAUUAGCUAAUGUUUUAUAUGUUCGUGAAUUAGCUAAACAAUUAGAUGGUUUAAAAGUGAUACCAAUGGCUGUACAUCCUGGUGCAGUAAGAACAGAAAUAUCAAAUACAGGAGAUCAUAGAUAUCAGUUAUUUCUACGUGCUGUCGGUAUAAGUCCAUGGGAAGGUGCACAAACUGCAUUAUAUUGUACAUUAAUUAAUGAUCCAGUACCUGGUGGAUAUUAUUCUAAUUGUGAAAGAGAAGAAUUAACUGAAAAAGCAUUAAAUGAAUCACUUAGUAAAAAACUAUGGGAUGCAUCACGUGAAAUGGUUGGUUUACCACCGAAUUUAUUAAGUUUACCAUAA